GGGAGCAGAUGGACCCUACUGGAAGUCAGUUGGAUUCAGAUUUCUCUCAGCAAGACACUCCUUGCCUGAUAAUAGAAGAUUCUCAGCCUGAAAGCCAGGUUCUGGAAGAAGAUGCAGGUUCUCACUUCAGCGUACUGUCUCGACACCUUCCUAAUCUGCAGAUGCACAAAGAGAACCCCGUGUUGGAUAUUGUGUCAAAUCCAGAACAAACUGCUGCAGAACAAGGAGACAGUAAUAGCUCGUUCAAUGAGCAUCUGACAGAAAACAGAGCUUCAGAGCCUGUGGAGUCUUCUCAUUUGGGUACGAGUGGCUCCAUCAGUCAGGUCAUAGAAAGGUUACCUCAGCCAAACAGGACAAGCAGUGAUCUUGGAGUGAUGGUAGAAGCUGCUUCUCUCCCAGAGGAGGAGAAAGAGGAAGAGUUGGAAGAGGAGAAGGAAGAGGUGGGAGCAAAUGCUCCUGACGCUGACACACGCUCCCUUGCUGCUGAAGAUUCUGCUUCAUCACAGUUGGGCUUUGGAGUUCUGGAACUGUCCCAGAGCCAGGAUGUUGAAGAACAUACAGUGCCAUAUGAUGUCAACCAAGAGCAUCUGCAGUUGGUAACCACUAACUCGGGUUCUACCCAGCCGUCUGAUGUGGAUGCAGAUACUGCAAUUAAAUGUGAAGAACAGCCCACUGAGGAUAUUUCCAUGAUAGAACAACCCAGCAAAGACAUCCCUGUUACAGUAGAGACCAGCAAAGGUAUCCAUGUGGUAGAAGAACAAAAUCUGCCACUUGUAAGGUCUGAAGACCUGCCUUCCAGUCCUCAAGUUUCUGUUGCUGCUGUGGAAACAAAGGAACAGGUACCUGCCCGAGAGCUGCUGGAAGGGGGGCUGCAGGUUCAGACGUCAGCAGAGCCUGAGGUUUCCUCAACUCAGGAAGACUUGUUUGACCAGAGUAGUAAAACAGCUUCUGAUGGUUGUUCUACUCCUUCAAGGGAGGAAGCUGGGUGCUCUCCGGUUUCCACACCUGCUACCACCCUGCAGCUCCUGCAGCUGUCUGGUCAGAAGCCCCUUGUUCAGGAGAGUCUUUCCACGAAUUCCUCAGAUCUUGUUGCUCCUUCCCCUGAUGCUUUCCGAUCUACCCCUUUUAUCGUUCCUAGCAGCCCCACAGAGCAAGGAGGGAGAAAAGAUGAGCCCAUGGAUACGUCAGUGAUACCUGAAGGAGGGGAGCCUUUCCAGAAGCUUCAGGAUGAUGAAGCAAUGGAGAUAGAAAAACCCCUUCUCCCAUCUCAGCCGCAAGCAUCAACACCAGUGUCUCGGAGCACGCCAGUUUUCACUCCUGGCUCACUUCCCAUCCCGUCCCAGCCUGAGUUCUCUCAUGACAUUUUCAUUCCAUCACCAAGUUUGGAAGAACCGUCAAAUGAUGGGAAGAAAGGUGGAGGUUUGCAUAGCUCAUCUCUCACUGUUGAGUGUUCGAAGACUUCAGAGAGCGAACCAAAGAAUUUCACUGAUGACCUUGGGCUCUCCAUGACAGGGGAGUCUUGCAAACUGAUGCUUUCUACAAGUGAGUAUAGUCAGUCCUCAAAGAUGGAGAGCUUGGGUUCUCCCAGGACUGAGGAAGAAGGAGAGAAUACACAGAUUGAUGAUACUGAACCCUCAUCUCCAGUUACCAAUUCUAAACUUCCUGCUGAAAGUGAAAAUGUCUUGGUGAAUCCAGAACAGGACAACCAGGUAGAAAUGAGUCAGAAUGUAGAUAAAACAAAAGAGGAUGAAACAGAGGACAGAGGUGAUGUUGGUGUUUUAGCUGCUGGCUGUAAAGGCAGAGAAGACGUGGUUGCUGAAGAUGUUUGCAUCGACCUUACUUGCGAUUCUGGGAGUCAGGCAGUUCCUUCUCCAGCUACCCGCUCUGAGGCACUCUCCAGUGUCUUAGAUCAGGAGGAGGCUAUGGAAAUGAAAGAACACCAUCCAGAGGAAGGGUUUUCGGGAUCUGAAGUAGAAGAAGUCCCUGAGACUCCCAGUGGAAGUCACAGAGAGGAGCCCAAAGAAGAACCGAUGGAAAGUAUCCCACUGCACCUUUCUCUGACUGAAACUCAGUCUGAGGCGUUGUGUCUUCAGAAGGAAGCCCCCAAAGAGGUAUGCCCAGAAGCUAUGGAAGUUGAAACCAGUGUGAUUAGUAUUGACUCUCCCCAGAAGCUGCCAGGACUUGACCAGGAAUUAGAACAUAAGGAUCCAGAAACUUGGGAAGAAGCUACUUCUGAGGACUCCAGUGUUGUUAUCGUUGAUGUGAAGGAACCCUCUCCUAGAGUUGACAUUUCCUGUGAACCUUUGGAGGGAGUGGAGAAGUGCUCAGACUCCCAGUCCUGGGAGGGUGCUACUCCAGAGGAAGAACCAUGUGCUGAGAAUAGAUUAAAUACUCCAGAGGAAAAGAGUGUGGAGUGUGAUGGAGAUACAAAAGCAGAGCCCACAGGAAAGGACUCUGUAGCAGAAGACUCUUCACAACUUCCUCUGCCUUCAGUGAGAGAUGAACCUGUCAGGCCCGACCAGGAGAUGCAGCAGACCCAAGUUCAAGAGAAAGAGAGCCCAGUGACUGUGGAUGAAAAAGUGGCUGAUGACAAGCAGCUGGGAUCAGAGGGCGCGUGCCAGCAGCUUGAGAAGGCCCCUGCCCGUGCCUCACAAAGUUUCUGUGAAAGUUCUAGUGAAACCCCAUUUCAUUUCACUUUGCCUAAAGAAGGUGAUAUUAUCCCACCAUUGACUGGCGCAACCCCACCUCUUAUUGGGCACCUAAAAUUGGAGCCCAAGAGACAUAGUACUCCUAUUGGGAUUAGCAACUAUCCAGAAAGCACCAUAGCAACCAGUGACGUCAUGUCUGAAAGCAUGGUGGAGAUGAAUGAUCCUCUGCUUGGAAAUGGAAAGCGGGAUUCUGAGUCUGCCCCGGAGAUGGAAGGAAAGCUGUCUCUGAAAGUGAGACUGCUUAGUCCCGAGGCAGAGGCAGAGGCCAGUGAAGAGUCUCUGCAGUUCAGCCUGGAAAAGCCUACAACUGCUGAGAGAGAAAAUGGAUCUACUGCCAUUCCUGAGCCUGUUGCCAGUCCCCAGAAGCCCGUGCCUGUGUUUGGCUGCAUCUGUGAAGCCCAGCAAGAGAAGGAUGCCCAAAGUGAGGUUCCUCCCUCUGGACCCAUCAGGGGGAAUUUGCUCCAUUUUCCAAGUACUCAAGAAGAAGACAAAGAAAAACUGGAUGAUACCCCAAAGCUCAGGCAGAGUGAACAGCCUGUGAACCCAAGUGGGCCUGUUAAAGAUGCUGCUGCUUCUGAGGACUCUGCCUCUGUUUCCCAGCAGAAGGCCUCACAGGGGUCGUUAAGUCCUCAAGUGGAAGUGAUGGAAACAGACCUGCUAGAAGGACUGGGUGCUAACCAGGACAGACCUAGUAAGAUCUUGAUGGAAAAGCCCACCCAGAGUAACAUAGGAAUCCAGACCAUGGACCAUUCCCUAUGUGCCCCAGAAACUGUUUCAGCAGCAACCCAGACUGUGAAGAAUGUAUGUGAGCAGGGGACCAGUACAGUGGAGCAGAACUCUGGGAGACAAGAUGCCACUGUGCAGACUGAGAGAGGGAGUGGAGAGAAACCUGCCAGUGCUCCUGUGGACGACACAGAGUCCCUCCACAGCCAGGGGGAAGAAGAAUUUGAAAUGCCCCAGCCUCCACAUGGCCAUGUCUUACAUCGCCACACAAGAACGAUUCGUGAAGUCCGUACACUUGUCACCCGUGUCAUCACAGAUGUUUAUUAUGUGGAUGGAACAGAAGUGGAGAGGAAAGUAACGGAGGAGACUGAAGAACCAAUCGUAGAAUGUCAGGAAUGUGAAACAGAAGUUUCCCCUUCACAGACUGGAGGUUCCUCUGGGGACCUGGGGGACAUCAGCUCCUUCUCUUCCAAAGCUUCCAGCUCACACCACACAUCCAGUGGAACAAGUCUCUCAGCCAUACACAGCAGUGGCAGCUCAGGGCGAGGAGCUGGGCCACUCAAAGGAAAAACCAGUGGGACAGAACCUGCAGAUUUUGCCUUACCCAGUUCCCGAGGAGGCCCAGGAAAACUGAGUCCUAGAAAAGGGAUCAGUCAGGCAGGGGCACCAGUGUGUGAGGAAGAUGGUGAUGCAGGCCUUGGUGUCAGACAAGGAGGGAAGGCUCCAGUCACACCUCGUGGGCGUGGGCGAAGGGGCCGCCCACCUUCUCGGACCACUGGAACCAGAGAAACAGUUGCAUCUGGCCCAUUGGGCAUAGAAGACAUUUCACCUAGCAUGUCACCAGAUGACAAGUCCUUCACCCGAAUUAUGCCCCGUGUGCCAGACUCUACCAAACGGACAGAUGCCAGUUCUAGUGCUUUGCGGCGGAGUGAUUCUCCAGAGAUUCCUUUUCAGGCUGCUACUGGUUCCUCUGACGGCUUGGAUUCCUCAUCUUCAGGAAACAGCUUUGUGGGGCUCCGUGUUGUAGCCAAGUGGUCAUCCAAUGGCUACUUUUACUCUGGGAAAAUCACCCGAGAUGUCGGAGCUGGGAAGUAUAAGCUGCUCUUUGAUGAUGGGUAUGAAUGUGAUGUGUUGGGCAAAGACAUUCUCCUGUGUGACCCCAUCCCCCUGGACACUGAAGUGACAGCCCUCUCAGAAGACGAGUAUUUCAGUGCAGGAGUGGUGAAAGGACACAGGAAGGAGUCUGGGGAGCUGUAUUACAGCAUUGAAAAAGAAGGCCAAAGGAAGUGGUAUAAACGAAUGGCAGUCAUUCUGUCCUUGGAGCAAGGAAACAGACUGAGAGAGCAGUAUGGCCUUGGCCCCUAUGAGGCUGUCACACCGCUCACAAAGGCAGCAGAUAUCAGCUUAGACAAUUUGGUGGAAGGAAAGCGGAAACGGCGCAGUAAUAUCAGCUCCCCAGCCACCCCCACUGCCUCCAGUAGCAGCAGCACAACGCCCACACGUAAAACCACAGAGAGUCCCCGAGCUUCCACGGGAGUUCCGUCAGGCAAAAGGAAACUUACGACUUCUGAAGAGGAACGGUCCCCUGCUAAGCGAGGCCGAAAGUCUGCCCCUGGGAAACCUGGGACAGUGGGGGCAGCAGAGUUUGUGAGCCCCUGUGAGACUGGAGACAACACAGGUGAGCCUUCUGUCCUGGAAGAGCCAAGAGGGCCUUUGCCCCUCAACAAGACCUUGUUUCUGGGCUAUGCCUUUCUCCUCACCAUGGCUACAACCAGUGACAAGCUGGCCAGCCGCUCUAAGCUGCUAGAUGGUCCUACAGGAAGCAGCGAAGAAGAGGAGGAGUUUUUAGAAAUUCCUCCUUUCAACAAGCAGUAUACAGAAUGCCAGCUUCGAGCAGGAGCUGGGUAUAUCCUUGAAGACUUCAAUGAAGCCCAGUGUAACACAGCCUACCAGUGUCUCCUAAUUGCGGACCAGCACUGUCGAACCCGCAAGUACUUCCUGUGCCUUGCCAGUGGCAUUCCUUGCGUGUCUCAUGUCUGGGUCCAUGACAGUUGCCAUGCCAACCAGCUUCAAAACUACCGUAAUUAUCUGCUGCCUGCUGGGUAUAGCCUUGAGGAGCAAAGAAUUCUGGAUUGGCAACCCCGUGAAAACCCUUUCCAGAAUCUGAAGGUCCUCUUGGUGUCAGAUCAACAACAGAACUUCUUGGAGCUCUGGUCUGAGAUCCUCAUGACAGGAGGGGCAGCCUCGGUGAAGCAGCACCAUUCAAGUGCCCAUAACAAAGACAUUGCUUUAGGGGUAUUUGAUGUGGUGGUGACAGACCCCUCAUGCCCAGCCUCGGUGCUCAAGUGUGCUGAAGCCUUGCAACUGCCUGUGGUUUCACAAGAAUGGGUGAUCCAGUGCCUCAUUGUUGGGGAGAGAAUUGGAUUCAAGCAGCAUCCAAAAUAUAAACAUGAUUAUGUUUCUCACUAAAGAUACUUGGUUUUACUGGUUUUAUUCCCUGCUAUUGUGGAGAUUGUGUUUUAAUCAGGUUUUAAGUGUGUCUUGUGUGUAACUGUAUUCUUUGCAUGGACCUUGUACAUAGUUUUAUUUGCUGGACUUUUAUGAUAAAAUAAAUGUUGAAUCUCUUUGGUUGUAGUAACUGGGAUGUCUUCAUCUGUUUCUUUGAGCUUAAAAUCUCAGAACAUGGUAAACACAGGAUCUUCUCUGAAGUUUUUUUCAGCAGGCUUGCCACUUUAGCAGUAAAGCAAACAAGGGAAGAUAAAAAUAGAGGAAUGAACUUUAUUCUGUGGCACCACUAUCAAUGUCAAAAUGUUAUCCCAGGCUACCUAAAAUGUUACGCUUCCAAAAACGCAGUUUAAAGUAGGUGCCUAGAUGAACAGUACGUAGUUCUAAAGUUGAGUGGGACUAGGGACAGCUCUGGGUAUCAGGAGUUUAUUAACAGAUGACCUGCUACUGGGAACAUGAACAUGACCAGUUGUUGAAUGGACAGUGACUAUUUGCUGAGACAGUUCUCAGUAAAAUAAGUUGUCACACAGUUGGAAGCUAUUCCUUCCUCACACUCAUCAUCAUAACCCCUGAUAACGAAUGACUUCUCAUUCUCUAAGUGAAGGCUGUCUUAUUUCUAUAGAGCCAAAUAGUAAAUACUUUUAGGCUUUGUGGUCACUUGUCUGUCUCAACUUCUUGUCUUGCUGUGAGAUGAAAGCAAUCAUAGACAAUAGGUAAAUGAAUAUGUGUGGUUGUUUGAAUAAUACUUUAUUUACAAAAACAAGCAGCAGGCUGUUAUCUGCUAAGCCCUGCUUUUAGAGGUAACAGUGGAAGGGGUCGAUCCUCUCCAGUUGACAAGUACGGGGCUCAGGCUUUCAUGGUGGGCAGAAGACAAUGUAGAUGAAGAGAGGAUUAAGUGACUACAAACUGAGGCCCGAAUGCUGUGUUCUUGUCCAGCUUGAAGGGAAGGCAUGUCAGUGAAGUGUUCCUUUUGUUUAUGCUGAUGAGAACGUACUAACGUUUGUUAUAGCCAGUGGUGGCUAGGCUGUCUGACCAUAAAACCUUAACUCCUGUGGCAGGUCUAAGGUGGGAAAACUGGGUUGCAGUUUUCAGUUUCUAAAAUCUGAACAAUUUGACCUCUAUCAUCUUUAAAUUCUUCAGAUAAAGGAUACUCAAAUUUUAAAUUUCUGGGUAGGACAAAUUAUAAGGUACAGAAAAAGGAAAAGCCCGCAGCUUGUCUAAAGGCUUUUCUAAUUUGGUGAUAACAAAUAGAAGCUUACCUACGCAUAAGCACGAUUCCUUUCUUACAAAAGAGCCAAGCCUAAAAAUAUUCUAUCAGUCCCCAUUGUUUACUGUGGUUAUCUUCCAUAGGAAUACAGUAAAUGUUCAAUAAACCACUGUUAAUAAACCACAAAUGAACCCACUCAACAGAUGUCUUAGUGUAAAGGAUCAAAGCCUUCGUGUGGUCAGCAGAGGGAUAUCAGACCCCAGUUCCCCUACAGGAAUGGUAGGAAAGAUUUAUACCUCUGAACUUCUAAGACCCUUUCAGCAGUCUGUAGGCAUUUGAUGAAUGACUAGAGAGAUUUGUUACAGACAUCAGAACGUGGUAGGGCUGACUGUUACUUCAUUUUAUGAACCAGAGUUUUCACAUCCCAAAACUAUAAAAGAAAAAAAAAGAGUUUCAUUAAAAUGUCAUGCCUUCCAAAGAAGCAUGGCAAUCUGAGAAAAGCUAACACCACGACAACAACACAGCUCUCUUAAGAAGCUGUCCCACUGGAUAUCAGUAUUAGAUCUAAGGAGUUGAGAAGAGAGAGCAGUGGCCAGUGAAGCACGGAACCACAGCUGCACCACAGCUGCACCACAGCUGUACCACAGCUGCACUGCUGCUAGUACAUGUCAGAACAGGCUGUGGAAGCCAGACUGCCCGCCCCCUAGAACAUAGCAGUGCAUAACCUAACACAGAACUUACCUCAGUUAUAGUAUUUUACUAUGCUGAUGAAUCUCACUAGAAAAUAAAUUCUAAUAAAAUAAUGGAAUAUGAUCACCCUGCUCCCACACCCCUCCCCCCCUUUAUAAAAUGAGGGCAAUCUGGAGAUGAUGGCAGCGUUGCACUUUGGUCUUCUAUAGUUCAUUAACCCCCUCCUCCAAACCUAGUAAGUGCCCCAUGGAUUGUUCCUACCUGCCCAGAGUCCCACCAGCCUGGGUGUAAUAUUUGUUAUAGUCUAGCCGGAGCAGUAAUUGAGCCAAAUCUGAGUUGAUCUGGUGAUUCCGAACACUGGAAAGAAUCUUGAACAGGAGUGAAGACUGGCGACUAAACCCCUGUUGAGAGACCCAAGCUGUCAGUGACCAUGAAGAGUGCUGGGUGCCUGGGGGGUCUUUGGAAAAGCUUUGCUUAAAUGUUUGCAGGACCACCUGGCCCUUCCCAUAUUUCCAUUUCUAUCAGCUACUAAAAUGACUUUGACUUCUUAGUACCAUGUCCGUGAAAUGCAUGACUCCCAUGAAAGUAUUUUCUUAUUAGUAGGAACUUUAACAGCUCGUUUAAGAUUAAUGUAUUCCAUCACAUACUGGGAUUGCAGUGAGCUUGCUUUGUUACAAGGAGAUAAAUAUAGUCUGAGAUUAUAAUUACAAGUGAGAUAGGAGGCUGGUUCAGGGAAGGAAGUGGGAUGUGAGAAAAUGAGCACAAAGCCAAUGCAUACUUGGUGGGCUGAAUAAACUAUUCAGGGCUGAACUAUUUCUGAACACUGUGAGGCAGCACAUUAUAAUCAUCAAAACCCACUGAUACCAGCACUUUUACCUUUUUAUCUUGUCAUUUCUGUGUCUGUUCUGGAAAAUGCUUUACUGACCCGGAGCAAACACUGCUCGCUCCAUAGGUGGGGAUGGAGGUAUGUAUUUUCAGUGGCUAGGCAGACUCACCUUCACGAGAAUGCUCAGCUGGGCAGCUCCACGCUCAUCCAGUGGACCCAGGUUCUGACUGACCAGUGAACAAAAACUGUGACAGAGAUCUAGGAUUUCAUUCAGACAGUGAAACACCUACCCAAAAAUAUAGCUGGCGUUAAGAAAUGAAGAAAUCUCUGAGAAAAGUUUUUAACAGCUUACCUCCCAUGUCUGAUCUCAGCAGACACACCACAACCUUCAAAGCUGUCUGGCCCUCCCAAGCAACAUACAGAAUCCCUUCUUAGGACGGCUGGCUUCUCUGACUCCCUGGACAAAAGCUCUGCUCUAGUCACCAUUAACUCACCAUUUCUUAGACCCACUGAGUAUGCUCUUGUCUUUGAGCUCUGAGUGUUGUUCCCGGGGAUUUUCUCUCUUCUCUUUAGUAACAGUUCAAGCCCCAUUCUCUGUGAAAUGCUCCUUUCCCACUGCAGUCUUUAAUGAUCUCCAGCCUUCUUCUGCUGUAGUGUCUGUGUUGUUCAUUGGUGAUUGUCUGGGCCACCUGUGCUGUUGCUGACUUCUGUAUGUACAUGUCUUGUUUCCAACUAGAUUGUGAGCUCCUUAAGGGCAGAGCCAUGACUUAUACCUCUUUGUAUCCCCAGUGCCUUGCAUACAGUAAGCACUCAAUAAAAGACUUCAAUUAUGAUGA